UGGACCCUGGUAUAAAAACUAUCUAAUUAGCCUAAAUCACUCAAACACAUCAUUCUUCUCCUUCACGCUUUCAUCAUUCAAGCUUACAAAACCCUAAUUUUGUUCAUCGCCGACAAGCAAAUCUACCACCAUCUCUUUCGAUUUCAUUAGCAUCUGAGAGAGAAAGAAGAAGAAAAAGCGUGAAAGCAAAACGGCGUCGUCUCUCUCUCCAUGUGACUUUGGACCAGUUUCGUGACCACAACAUCAGGAUUUCGUACCUAAAUUUCGAUCAAGAUGUCGAUGCUUGAUUCUAUCUUCACUAAGGGGGCUUUCAAGGGUUCCAAACGUAAAACGCUUUUGAAGUUGACGAUACCGCGGAUAAAAUUGUUAAGGAAACGUAUAUAAAUUCAUAUAAAACAGAUGCGGCGGGAUAUUGCAAAACUUUUAGAGACUGGUCUAGAAGCUACGGCCCGAAUUCGGGUAGAGCAUAUAAUAAGGGAAGAGAAAAUGAUGGCAGCUCAAGAAAUUAUUGAGUUGUUUUGCGAGCUUGUGGUUGUUCGGCUACCGAUUAUUGAAGCUCAAAGCUAUAGAAUGCACCACCUGAACCAUGGGCAUUAAGAGAACGAUGAAUCUUGGCAUAUGUUGGGAAGCGUUAUUUACAGAAGCUGGACCUGCACUUGAAGUCUUAAGUGAUACUCUUAAUGCCAUUGAUGCCAGACAGGGCUAUCAAAUUGUCUAUUACACCCAUCUCUGCUCGAGAAACUGGUUCAUGUUAUCUGUUAGGCUAUCUACUUUUUUCCAGCUGAUAGAUUACCUUCAGCGUAUGGUCGCAGGUUGUUUGGGAAUGCUGCAAAUUGUUUAUUGGUUCUGUUUUCAUUUGGUUGUCAUCAAAUCUGGUCCCUUUGCUUGCCAUCCAGCAUGAUUCCCCACAAGACCAAGCGUGGAGCUGCUGCACUAGCAAGGUUGAAAGUUUAUGAAGGGGUCCCUACACCUUACAACAGGAAGAAGAGAAUGGUCAUCCCUGAUGCUCUUAAGGUAUUGAGGUUAACUGCUGGACACAAGUACUGUUUGCUCGGUCGGCUUUCUUCAGAAGUUGGGUGGAAUCAUUAUGAGACAAUCAAGGAACUUGAAAAUAAGAGGAAGGAAAAAGCCCAAGUGGUGUAUGAAAGAAAGAAGCAGCUUAACAAACUUAGAGCCAAGGCCGAUAAAGCUGCAGAAGAGAAACUUUGUUCUCAACUUGAAAUCCUUGCACCGGUUACCUACUAAAGGUUUUAAACUUAGUUUCUUGCUAGAAGUUUUGUUUUUUAUCGCGACAAAAACAGGUUAUCUUUAUUAUUUAAGUUUUGCAAUACAUUUGUGUUGAUUUGGUGUUUAUUUUUGUUAUUUCAUGAUUGGUUUUCUAUUAAAGCUCCAAAUGAAGUUUUGCUUA